AUGGGUGAUAACAUCAAGCGCAAUCCUCACCCGGACUUUAAGGGCGUUGAGGCUUCUCGUCCCGAGUUUGACACUGCCUCCCAGUUCCGUUACACCAAGACUGUCGAUGCAGACUGGGCUUUUGGUGAGGGUGCCAACAAGCUCGGAAAGGAUGCCGAUAAGAAGCACGUCACUAUAGAUCCCCACGAGGAGGGUCGUCCUGCGGGCUUCAACUACAAGUUUCUCAUCUCAUCCAUCGUGCCCCGUCCCAUUGCCUUUGUGAGUAGUCAAGCACCCGACGGCACUCACAAGAACUUGGCGCCCUUUAGCUACUUCAACAUGAUGGCUCACGACCCGCCCAUGUUCGUCGUUGGCUUCUCAUCCAGUCUCGAAGCCGCCAAGGACUCGCUGCGCAACGUCGUUGAUUCUGGCGAGUGUGUCAUCAACAUCAUCUCUGAGCACUUUGUCGAGGCCGCCAACUCAUGCAGUGUGAAUGCCCCGUACGGCGUAUCUGAGUGGGACAUCUCGGGUCUCACACCCUCAUACGACUGCGAGACUGUCAAGUGUGCCCGUGUGCGCGAGGCCAUUGUCAGCAUCGAGUGCAAGCUCGACAUGAUCAAGGAGUUCGACAGCAAGGCACGACCGGGCAACAAGUCGGGCGUUAUGGCUGUUUUCGAGGGCACACGCUUCUGGGUCCGUGAAGAUGCGCUAAACGAGGAGAAGAACUUGGUUGAUCCUGGUGUCUUGAGGCCGAUUAGCAGAUUGGGAGGAAUCACAUAUGGAAGAGUCACUGAAGCGUUCGAGCUUGUCAGAACGGAUUACGAAAAGGAUGUUGGUGGUGAAGCUGGAGUUGAGAAGAUCCAAAAAGAGCACAAGAACUAG